GGGCUGAAGCGGGCAGGGCGGUGGCGGCGGCGGCGGCAGCUUCCGGAGUGGAGCUGAAGGCAGCGCUGCUGGUGCCUGGCCAUGAUGCCCUUUGGAGGGAUGGCUGCCCGUCUACAGAGAGACCGCCUGAGAGCCGAGGGGCUUGGCCAGCACAACAACGCCAUCAAGUACCUCAACCAGGACUAUGAGGCCCUCAAGCAGCAAUGCAUUGAGAGCGGCACCCUCUUCAGGGAUCCCCAGUUCCCAGCUGGCCCCACUGCCCUUGGAUUCAAGGAGCUGGGGCCUCAUUCCAGCAAGACACGGGGGGUGGAGUGGAAGCGUCCAUCGGAAUUAGUGGAUGACCCUCAGUUCAUCGUUGGUGGUGCAACGCGGACGGACAUCUGCCAGGGGGCUCUGGGUGACUGCUGGCUGCUGGCUGCCAUUGGCUCCCUCACGCUCAAUGAGGAGCUUCUGCACCGCGUGGUGCCCCAUGGACAGAGCUUCCAGGAGGACUAUGCUGGCAUCUUCCACUUCCAGAUCUGGCAAUUUGGUGAGUGGGUGGAUGUGGUGGUGGAUGACCAGCUGCCCACCAAGGAUGGGGAGCUCCUGUUUGUCCACUCAGCGGAGUGCACCGAGUUCUGGAGUGCUCUGCUGGAGAAGGCCUAUGCCAAGCUGAACGGCUGCUACGAGUCACUCUCGGGGGGCAGCACCACCGAAGGCUUUGAGGACUUCACGGGCGGCGUGGCAGAGAUGUACGACCUGAAGCGACCGCCGCGCAACAUGGGCCACAUCAUCCGCAAGGCGCUGGAGAGGGGGUCCCUGCUGGGCUGCUCCAUCGACAUCACAAGCGCCUUUGAUAUGGAAGCAGUGACCUUCAAGAAGCUGGUGAAGGGCCAUGCCUAUUCUGUCACAGCCUUCAGAGAUGUGAACUACCGGGGUCAGCAGGAACAACUCAUCCGCAUCAGGAAUCCCUGGGGUCAGGUGGAGUGGACUGGAGCCUGGAGUGAUGGCUCCUCUGAAUGGAACAACAUUGACCCUGAUGAAAGGGAAGAGCUGCAGCUGAAGAUGGAGGAUGGAGAGUUCUGGAUGUCUUUCCGGGACUUCAUGAGGGAGUUCUCCAGGCUGGAGAUCUGCAACCUGACCCCCGAUGCCCUCACCAAGGAUGAGCUCAGCAGAUGGCACACACAGGUGUUCGAGGGCACGUGGCGCCGGGGAAGCACUGCUGGGGGCUGCAGGAAUCACCCAGCCACAUUCUGGAUCAACCCCCAGUUCAAGAUCAAGUUGCUGGAAGAAGAUGACGACCCUGGGGAUGAUGAGGUGGCCUGCAGCUUCCUGGUGGCUCUGAUGCAGAAGCACCGGCGGCGGGAGCGGCGGGUGGGAGGUGACAUGCACACCAUCGGCUUUGCUGUCUAUGAGGUUCCUGAGGAGGCCCAGGGCACUCAGAACGUGCACUUGAAGAAGGACUUCUUCCUGCGAAACCAGUCACGGGCACGCUCUGAGACCUUCAUCAACCUGCGGGAGGUGAGCAACCAGAUCCGUCUGCCUCCCGGCGAGUACAUCGUCGUGCCCUCCACCUUCGAGCCACACAAGGAGGCCGACUUCGUCCUGCGGGUCUUCACCGAGAAGCAGUCUGACACAGCGGAGCUGGAUGAGGAGAUCUCAGCAGACCUGGCAGAUGAGGAGGAAAUAACUGAGGAUGACAUAGAAGAUGGCUUCAAGAACAUGUUCCAGCAGCUGGCAGGGGAGGACAUGGAAAUCAGUGUCUUUGAGCUCCGGACUAUUCUGAACAGAGUCAUUGCUAGACACAAAGAUCUGAAGACAGAUGGGUUCAGUGUGGACUCCUGCCGCAACAUGGUCAACCUGAUGGAUAAAGAUGGCAGUGCCCGCCUCGGGCUGGUGGAAUUCCAGAUCCUGUGGAACAAGAUCCGGAGCUGGCUGACAAUCUUCCGCCAGCACGACCUGGAUAAGUCUGGCACCAUGAGCUCCUAUGAGAUGCGCAUGGCUCUGGAGUCUGCGGGUUUUAAGCUGAACAACAAGCUGCAUCAGGUGGUGGUGGCCCGCUAUGCAGAUGAUAACAUGGGUGUGGACUUCGACAACUUUGUCUGCUGCCUUGUGAAGCUGGAGGCCAUGUUCAGGUUCUUCCGCAGUAUGGACCCUGACGGCACUGGGACCGCUGUCAUGAACCUCGCUGAGUGGCUGCUGCUGACAAUGUGUGGCUAGGAGCCAUGACAGACCUGCUGCAGCUGGGACACCCCAACGGGCCAGGCCCCCUCCAAGUGCCUCCCCUUGGAUCCGUGGACACAGGAUACUCUUCCCUUUGCUCCAUUCCAUGCUGAGCCACCAGCCCUGCCUCCCAGGAAGCCUCACACCACCUUCUCCAGUGGACCAGGGGUCAAGGCAGGCAGGGGAUUCCCUUCUCCUCUUCUGGGCUGGGCUUCUUUCCACUCCCCCCUCCUCUCUCCCACCCCAGAACAGGAGGAGUGCAAGCAUCAUGUGGUACCUGUGAAUCUUUGCACAGUAGCAGGCUGGAGGCCAGCUGCAGAGCAGGGAGAGGCAGGAAUUGCACGGAGAUGAGGGGGAGGACACUCAUAUUGCUUGCUCUAGUGCUGUCCCAUCCUCUCUUGUCUAUCCCUGCACCCACACCUGGGAGCAUCAGCAGAUACUGCCUUGCUCAGGCAGCAGGUUCUGGGGGAGUCGUCAUGGUCUUCUGGUAGGAGGAGUGGCCAUGCUCUAUUUCUUGAAGCCCUUGCACUGUACUUAUCACCACUAAGCGCGACCAAAGCGUGGAGCCCACAGGCUCUUUCUGCGUGGCCUUCAACACAUCCCUCCCAUCUCCAUGCCCCUGCCCAUGCCCACCAUUGGAUCAAAUCCUACAACUCAAGCACUGAAUGUUUUGGGGCUCCCCCACCGUAUGAACACAUGCCACCUUGUAGUGCCGCAGCAGAAGCUCCUCUUUUCUACAUGGUUACAGCAGCCUGGCCUCCCCUCCCAUCCCUGAGAGCUCCUGGGACAUCUGCUGCCCUUGGUCAUGGCCCACAGCAGGGCUGGGGGGCACAGCACCCAAGAAGCAAUGCCUUCCUCCAGAGAGGAGGGAUGGUGGUUUGCGGGGGGGGGGGGGGGGGCGGAAUCUUCUUCUGCACACAGUUGGGUUUUUUCUCCCAAUCCAUCAUCCUCCCACAUUGUUACACUCUCCUCUUCCCUUGCGCUCCUUUGCCCAGUGUAGGUGGACUCCAGUGCCAACAUAUUUGCACCUCUCUGUGCUCCUCACUCCCCUCACCUUCUGGGGCAAUGGGGUGGCUCCAGCUUGGCGGUGGGCGAGGGCCCAUCCUUUGCCCUGUAGAGGCAGGCAGGCAGUUAUAGCUUCCCCAGGCCCCUGUUGUCACUGAGGAUGCGCCUGCAGCAAUAACCACUGCUGCCUGCCCGGCAGCUCUGCUUCCUCACCCCGCUCACUGUGUACUCCAGAAAUAAACAGAUCUGUUAGA